AUGAGCGACCUACCUGUUGGUCCUCUCACCCCGGAGGGCAAGGCAUUGCCGCCCUCGCGCGUGUCCCUCGAUGGGAAGUACACCUCUUUGGUCCCUCUUGAUGUAUCCCACGCCGAUGCGCUUUUCAAACAUCUUGGUGGUGAGGAGAAUGGUCAUCUUUGGACUUAUAUGUUUGGUGGUCCAUACCUCGACCAGGUCGAGUGGAAGGAAACCCAGAAGGUCUGGAGCAAGAGAGAAGACACAAUCUUCUUCACCGUCCUCUCUGGUCCACGAGAAGACCCCAACUCUGAGCCUGUGGGACAAAUGUCCUAUCUCAACAUUGUGCCAGAUCAGCGUCGAAUUGAAAUUGGCAGCGUCAUCCUUGGUGGCAAGCUGAAGCAGACUCGAGCGGCGACUGAGGCAUUUUACCUCCUCAUCAAACACGCCUUCGAAGAGCUCGGAUAUCUGAGAGUUGAAUGGAAGGCCAACCACCUCAACAAGCCCAGCUUGUCGGCUGCUGAGCGGCUUGGUUUCGUCUACGAGGGAAUCUUCAGGAAGCACAUGAUCCUCAAGGGUAGACGUCGAGACACAGCUUGGUUCAGUAUCACAGAUGAUGAGUGGCCUCUCGUCAAGAAGGCGUUUGAGGCGUGGUUGAGUGAAGACAACUUUGAUGAGAAUGGCAAACAGAUCAAGGCACUCAAGAGCAUCAGACAAGCUCUGCAAGAAGAACAGAACUGA